ACUACAACUCCCACAAUGCCCCGCGCGCCCGCACACCGCCCUGCCCGCAUCUGGCGCAUGCGCACAGCUCCAUAUGGCUCCAAGAUGGCUGACACAGCGUCCGGGAGCUCCGGCACGAGGGCGGGCAGCAAGCAGGCGGGCACCCCCGCAGACAAUUACCAGCUGGCGCGGCGCCGCACGCUGCAGGUGGUGGUGAGCUCGCUGCUGACCGAGGCCGGCUUCGAGAGCGCCGAGAAGGCGGCGGUGGAGACGCUCACCGAGAUGAUCCAGAGCUAUAUUUCAGAGAUUGGGAGGAGUGCCAAGUCCUACUGCGAGCACACAGCCAGGACCCAGCCCACGCUCUCAGACAUCGUGGUGACCCUGGUGGAGAUGGGCUUCAACGUGGAAACCCUGCCUGCCUACGCCAAGCGUUCCCAGAGGAUGGUGAUCACUGCCCCUCCAGUGACAAACCAGCCCGUGACCCCCAAAGCGCUGACAGCAGGGCAGAACAAGCCUCACCCACCCCACAUUCCCGGCCAUUUCCCAGAGUUCCCAGAUCCUCACACCUACAUCAAGACCCCAACGUACCGGGAGCCGGUGUCCGAUUACCAGGUGCUGCGGGAGAAGGCGGCCUCGCAGCGCCGGGACGUGGAGAGGGCCCUCACCCGCUUCAUGGCCAAGACCGGAGAGACCCAGAGCCUCUUCAAGGACGAUGUCAGCACAUUCCCACUGAUUGCUGCCAGGCCUUUCACCGUGCCCUACCUGACAGCUCUGCUCCCCUCCGAGCUGGAGAUGCAGCAGAUGGAGGAGACGGAUUCCUCGGAGCAGGACGAGCAGACGGACACCGAGAACCUCCCACUGCACAUGAGCACGGAGGAGGCAGGAGCCGAGAAGGAGAACACCUCGGUGCUGCAGCAGAGCAGCUCCCUGGCGGGCAGCAGGAACGGCGAGGAGAGCGUCAUCGACAACCCCUACCUGCGGCCCGUGAAGAAACCCAAAAUCCGCAGGAAGAAGUGAGGGGGCACCCCAAACCCCCCGGGAUCCCCCUGGAAUUCCAGCCAGGGAGAGGGAGAGGCAGCCCGGCUCGGGGGGACCCCAAACCCCCCGGGAAUCCCCCUGGAAUUCCAGCCAGGGAGAGGCAGCUGGGCUGAGGG